CUCAAUCUUUUACUCGUCUUUGAAACUUCAAAAAAGAACGAAGGUUGUACGUACACCAUCGCAUGCCCCAACGCCCGGAAAAAGAGCGAAGAAACCCCAUCCCUCUUUCCCUCAACCCUAGCAUAGAUUUUGAAACCUGAGAUUCGCCAUUUCCGUCCCUCUUCUCUUCGAGACGCGUAAGGGCAACCCGCAGGUGCUUUAGACGAUAUACAACUCGUAUCUGUAGAUUUUUGCCAUGUCGGAGGAUGACAAGCUGUUGAAGGAGGCGAAGAAGCUUCCGUGGGAUGAGCGGUUGCUGCACAAGAAUUGGAAGGUGCGGAUUGACGCCAACGCCGACCUGGCUACGGUGUUUGAUUCAAUCGCCGAUCCUAAGGACCACCGUUUCCGUGAAAUUGGACAUUUGUUUAAGAAGACGGUGUCUGAUUCAAAUGCACCUGUUCAAGAGAAGGCACUUGAUGCGCUAGUUUCUUAUUUAAAAGCAGCUGAUGCCGAUGCCGGAAGGUUAUUGAUGAAUUUAUUUAUCAAUGUUACAGGGAUGCUAUGCCAGAUCUGGUUAAUCUUUGUCAGAUCUGCCCAAGACAAGAAAGCUGCAAAGUGGUCAGAACGAAAGGAUGCUGUUGAAGAGUUAACAAAGCUUGCAUCGACAAAGAGAAUAUCACCUGGAGAUUUUUCUGAAAUUUGCCGCACAUUGAAGAAGGCAUGUUAAUUGAUUGUUCAUUUCUCAUCUGAACAAUUCCAAAUGGCAUAUACUUUUUAAAAUUCUGAUGAUUAUAGUUUAUGAUAAGCGUUUGAAGUGUUUUUGGCGCAACACCGUGCUUAUUUUACUUGUAUAAUUUACAUUUUUGUUUCUAUUCGUUGCAUUGUUGCUGAUUCAUUACAUUGUAGGUCAUCACUGAUGUGUACAUUGCUGUAGCUGUUGAAGCCAUACAAGCAAUUGGGAAUCUUGCUAGGGGACUAAGAACCCAUUUUUCAGGGAGCUCACGGCUCCUACUACCUGUUUUA